AAAAUAAUUUGGGGACUUGGAGUAGCAGGGACAAUUGACGAAAAGAAGUAUAAAAGAGUGAUAAUUGUGCAUAUCAAAUUUGCCUUUUUAUUUCAUAGCAGGAGUGAAUUAUGUCAGAACACCCCUUCCAAAUGUUCUUUUCUUUUUAAAAAAGUACUAUGUAAGGAAACAUGACAUGUUCCUGUUUAGUGCUAUUUAAACAACAUGAGGCUGAUUGCUUUAUGGUUUUUUUCCAGAAAUCUUACUGUUGUCUAUUGGUAUAACACUUUUUUAAAAAGAAAGAGAAAAGUUACUUUUUAAGGAAGACAUUGGAAAGGUGAAACUCUGGGGUUCCCAUAUUUCUCCUUGAGAGCCUCAAAUGACACAAAAACAUGGGCUGGAUAUUCACGUGCAUUGCUGUCAACCCUGAGCUAAUCCAUCCAAGAGAGCCAUCCUGUCCCUUCUUUCAUUUCUUUUCAUGAUUGAAUUAACUUAUUCUCCCUUGUCUUUCACAGGAGAAACCCAAGAAGAUGUAGCCUCAGGUAUUAAUAGAAAAAGCAAAACUGAUCCACUCAAAGGAAAUUUACAGGAAUGUUUACCCAUCCUCUAAAAACUUUCUUAAUGAAGAGAGAUCAUCUUUCUAGGUUCUAGGAGAAGGUAGAUUCCAGGUACAUGAAAGUAGAAGAUGAGCUACACUUCUGUUAAACUCUUAACUAUUGGCUUAGUAAACCUUUGUGUCUAAAUAGUAAGCCCACUGUUUUUUUAUGAGACAUGUUCAAAACUACUCUAGGAAAAUAUUUUUAAAGUUAUUAUUGGAUGGUAGGAGUAUGGGGUGGAGUUGGCCUUAGGGAAGUGAGAGCAGCAAUAAUAAAAAGGAUUUUGGAAAACACAUGCUUGGCUCAAGUCAGUAUAUCUCCAGAAAUCAGGACGGACCAAGAAGGAGCAGAAAAGCAAGAUGAAUGAUGUGAAACUUGCUGUCUUGGGUAGUGAAGGAACGGGCAAAUCUGCCCUUACAGUAAGGUUUCUUACCAAGCGAUUUAUUGGAGAAUAUGCUUCUAAUUUUGAAUCUAUCUAUAAAAAGCAUUUGUAUUUGGAAGGGAAGCAAUUGAAUCUAGAAAUAUACGACUCUUGUUCUCAGCCACAGAAAGCAAAAUUUUCCCUCACAAGUGAGCUGCGUUGGGCAGAUGGGUUUAUUAUUGUGUAUGACAUCAGUGACAGGUCUUCGUUUGCUUUUGCAAAAGCACUAAUCUACAGAAUUCGGGAGCCACAGACUAGUCAUUGUAAAAGAGCUGUGGAAUCAGCUGUGCUUUUGGUGGGUAACAAGCAAGAUCUCUGUCAUGUGCGAGAGGUUGGCUGGGAAGAAGGGCAAAAACUGGCAUUGGAUAACCGGUGCCAAUUCUGUGAACUGUCUGCAGCAGAGCAAUCUCUGGAGGUGGAAAUGAUGUUUAUCAGAAUUAUCAAGGGCAUCCUGACAAACUUCAAACUCAAAGAAAAGAGAAGAUCCAGUGGAUCUAAAUCCAUGGCCAAACUGAUCAAUAAUGUAUUUGGAAAGAGAAGGAAAUCUGUUUAAUUGACAUGUGAUCCUAAGGGAUUUAUUAUAUCAGAGAGUUUCAAACGUUUGUAUGGUAAUUAAAUUUACCCUUUGUAUGCAAUUAGAAAAUUCUCUUAGAGAUAUGAAAUAAUUGGCCAUGAACCACAACUGUGUUUUCAAAUAUAUAGUUUUGCCUUCUUAGUUGUUUGUAUCUUGUACAUUUUGCUUCACACUUAACCUUUUCUUUAUUACACAGAAUAAUAUGAGUAUAACCUAUUGGUGGAUUACUAUAUAAUUUUAUUAAAUUGCCAUU